UCUUCUUUCCUUAAACCAUAACCAAAAGAGGGAGAGAAGGAACAAAACAAAAUCCAAACAAAAGAACAAACACGGCAACAGGAAGAAAAUUUGCAGUCUCUCCGACCCAGAACGAUGUCUUCGCGAAACGAAGCGACGUCGUUUUCUCCGGCGGCCGUCGAAACAACGCCGUCACCGUCACCUUCGCCGUUACCGUCGCCGUCACCGUCACCGGCGACGAAGAGAGCAGAGUAUCCAGAACCGCUCGCCUCCCACGACGACGCUGUGAAGGACCUCACUCUGUUUUGGGACACCCUCCGGCGAUUCCACUUCAUUAUGGGCACAAAAUUCAUGAUUCCUGUAAUUGGAGGAAAAGAAUUGGACUUGCAUGUAUUGUACGUGGAGGUCACAAGGAGGGGAGGUUACGAAAAGGUAGUCGCAGAGAAGAAAUGGAGGGAAGUCGGUGGAGUGUUUAGAUUCUCUCCGACCACAACGAGUGCUUCUUUUGUCCUGAGAAAACACUACCUUAAUCUCCUCUUCCAUUACGAACAACUUCACUUCUUUAGGGUCCGUGGCCCUCUUCUCAUUCCCACCGCUACGUUUAAUGCCAAGGAGUCUACAAGCAAAGAAUUGGCUCUAGUGGAAUAUGCUCCUCCGAGGAAUAGAGAUAAUUCCAAGCCACUUUGUCAAGGUUCGUCGUGUUUUACAGCCACGGGAACGAUAGAAGGAAAAUUUGACUGUGGUUAUUUGGUAAAAGUGAAAUUGGGCUCUGAGAUUCUAAACGGAGUGCUUUUCCACCCUGCCCGGUCCGGUCCGCCAUCUCCGGUUAACGAGUUAACCGGCACAGUUGUACCGUACGGAACUUCAAGAAGAAGACGGCGAUUUGGAAAGAGACGUAGAAGCAGGCGAAGAGAAGACCCGAAUUACCCGAAACCGAACCGAAGUGGCUACAAUUUCUUCUUUGCCGAGAAACAUUGCAAGCUCAAGUCGAUGUAUCCGAACAAAGAACGAGAAUUCACGAAAAUUAUCGGUGAAUCGUGGAGCAAUCUCUCCCCCGAAGAACGAAUGGUUUAUCAGAACAUUGGGCUAAAGGACAAGGAGAGGUAUCAAAGGGAGUUGAACGAGUACAGGGAGAGGUUAAGGCAUGGAAGUGAUGACGGGACGAACAGGACGGAGUGUUAGGGCAUUAACGCAAAACGACAGGAUUGGUGCGGGCUAAAUUUGAGUAGCGAGGUCGUUUGUCUUGUCGAGGAGCGAACGCCUUGACGUUUUUGCUUUGACGGGUUGAUAACUAUGUACGAUCUUCUCGGCCCAAUGCAGGCCCAUUUUGUGGAUUGACAAGCAAGAUCCUAUGUUCAUAUAAUCUAAA